ACAAGGAAAUUCUCGACGAUUUAGGGCCUCUAGGCAGCGUUGUCGCCGUGUGCAGUGCGCAGCACCUUCAGCUGUCAACCGAUCAGCGGCCGCCUUCACAGAGUAACCUCUGCGAUCUGUCGCCGCCAUAUUGUUUUGUGUUUUGGCCGAUGAGGAAAACAAGCCGACGAAUUUGCCAAAUAAGCCCCCAAAAUAGGGUUCCGGAUUGCGGGCAGUGCCCUUGAAGCAGGCCACAGGCCCUUGAAAAUGAAGCAGCCCAAAACGGGGGACACUGUGCGGCCCUUCAAGCUAGCCCAUCAGAUUCUGAGCCUCACCGGGAUCAGUUUCGAGCGGAAGAGCAUUAUAGGGUUUGCGGAGCUGACGGUCGUCCCGAUCCGGGACACGCUGCGUGUGAUCAAAAUCAACGCCAAACAGUGCCGGGUCUACAAGGUGCUGCUGAAUGACCAGUACGAGGCGCAUUUCCAGUACUUUGACCCCUUUCUGGAUGUGUGCCAGAGCGACAAUGACACGCGCAGCCUCGAGCAGUUCUCGCAGUAUCAUCUGACUGCGGCCCUCAAGACCGACCCGGACAGCAGCGCGGGCGAAUUAGUGAUCACCAUUCCGCCCGAGGCUGUGCAUCUGGUGGCCGAGGGCACGGCGCUGCGCGUCGGCAUCGAGUUCUCGCUGGAGCAGCCCCAGGGGGGCAUCCACUUUGUGGUGCCCCAAAAGGAGGGCACCUAUGCCGAGGUGAGUCAUCACGAUUUUUUCGGUUUUUAUUAAAUCUAUUGGUAAAUCCGCUUA